AUGGCGUUCUUAGAAGAAAUGGGAUUCUUUGAUGAUUUGGAUCCCCUUUCAACGGGUUAUGGAGAAGACGACUUCAAUCAGGAGGCCGAAAAUGGAAGGUUGAUAGAGGAUGAGAACAAUGAUGAGGAGGUGAUGGAUAUCAGCGAGCUCGAGAAAAGGAUAUGGAGAGAUAAAAUGCGGUUGAGAAAACUGAAAGGAAAGCAGAAAUUUGAGGAAGCUGAGGAAACUUCACAGCAGCGUCGAGAAGCAAAGGCGCGGAGGAAGCAGAUGUCGCGCAUACAUGAUUGUAUGCUGAAGUCCAUGCUAAAGAUGAUGGAAGUUUGCAAUGCGCAAGGUUUUGUGUAUGGCAUCAUUCCUGAAAAAGGUAAACCUGUCACCGGUGCAUCUGACAAUCUUCGCGCUUGGUGGAAGGAGAAUGUGCGGUUUGAUCAACGCGCACCAGCUGCAGUUGCCAAGUAUCAAGCAGAGCAUUCUGUUGGAACGAAGGAUAAGAUGACAGCCAAGGACACUGCAACUCUGCUUGCUAUGGUUAACCACGAGGAGAUUUUGGCUCAAAAGCUUCAUAGUCAUGCUCAGGCAAUGUAUACCGACACCAGGAAUGAACCUUUUCCUGCUACUGAUUCCUGUGACAUCCAAUUUAAGACAUUGGAUGGCGAGACUUGCAAUGGUGGAGAGCUCAACAGUCUAGUCCACCCAUUUACCACGAUAGCUGAAGACACGGAGAAGGUUCCCUUAGUCGGGAUUAAUUGCAAUAAGCGGAAGAAUUCAUCUGUAGAGGGAGACAUGGAAAAGAAAAAGUAUACCUGUCAUAAUCAACAUUGCCCCUACAGUUCCUACAACCAGGGAUUUGAAAACAUGACACUGAAAAUGAAUCAUCAGUUUUACUGCCUUUAUGGAUCUGAUGCUUCUGGAAGUCGUGGCGCAUCAAACUAUCCGGUGAGUAAUAACCACUACCAGAACUUGGCUAUCUCUUUACCUGCUGCUCAGCCUACAGCUGCUUCUCAGUUCAGUGUUCAGGAUCCAUCUAGCUGGAAUAUUCCUGAACUUGGUAUUCCAGAAGACGGUCAAAGGCUAAUAUCUCAGCUUAUGUCCAAGUACGAUAACAACUUUCAAACAACUGCUGGUUCUACUUCUGGGAAUGUAACGUCUAUCGAAAAUCGAAACCUGCAGCACCUAUCAUCCCAUCUUAAUGCAAAUGGAAACCUCCUGACUUCGAGCGUCAUGCUAAAAAAUGGAGUAUUGCAAGAAACUGUGCCUCCGGGCCACAAUGCUUUCCCUGCGACUGGAUUUCUAUAUGCUGCUUCAACACCAGCAUAUGAUUUAUUUUGCAAUAGAAACCUCGACAACGACAGAGUGGACUUCGGUUAUGGUACACAUUCUAGGAUACCUUCCUUUGAAAACUCCAUGGAUGCAUUCCCAAGAUAUCAUGUACCUUGGUAA